AUGGCGGCGUUAAAAGGAGAUAACAUGCGCAUACCACAGUUUUACGCGGGUAGAUCUGUACUUAUUACUGGUGCCACCGGUUUUAUGGGAAAGGUAUUAGUCGAGAGGCUGUUAACAACAUGUCCCGACAUUGGUCGCCUAUAUCUACUGAUGAGAACUAAGAGGGAUGCCGAUCCAAACCAAAGACUGCAGCAACUCAAAGAUUCGGCAGUAUUCAAUAAUCUUCGCCAACGAGACCCUGAGCAGUUGAACAAGCUGCGUACCCUACCUGGAGAUAUAUUACAACCAAAGCUUGGUAUCAGUAAAGAGUCUAUUGCAGAAUUAAAAGAGGUGUCGAUAGUAUUCCACUCUGCCGCUACGGUGAAAUUCAACGAGGAGCUGCGAAGAGCGAUCGAAUACAAUGUGUUAUCUGUUAUGAGGCUACUCAAGAUAUGUGACGAACUGCCCAAUAUGCAAGCGUUCGUGCACGUAUCAACAGCGUAUAGCAAUGCUGAUCGGAAAGAAAUAGAAGAGAAGGUGUACCCUAUAACCACACCUCUUGACGAGCUACUGGCGUUGCUUGACGAUGAAAAUAUAGAACCAGAGGAACUUAAUAAGUAUUUAGGAUCGAAACCCAACACCUAUACGUUCACGAAAGGGGUAGCCGAGUAUGUUGUCCAGCAGCACCCGAAGAAACGUUACUCUGCGGCAAUAUUCAGACCCUCAGUUGUUAUAUCCUCCAAUCGCAACCCAUUCCCUGGUUGGAUAGAGAACAUGAAUGGACCUUCAGGUGUCAUAGCUGGCUAUAACGCUGGACUCCUGCGGGUUUUCACCACCAACAGCGCCAAGGAGGCUGACUUGCUGCCGGUUGAUAUUGCUAUCGAUAAUCUUAUCGCUGUCGCUUGGGAAACCGCUUUAAGCAAAUCGACAGCCAUCAAAGUGUAUAACUGCAGUGUCUGUGAAAAUCCCACAACGUGGGGAGACAUAGAGCGCAAUGUGAUCAGCUACACGAGAGAACAUCCACCUAAAAAAACUUACUUUUACCCGUUUUUGUUAGUCGUAAAGAACAGGUUCUUGUAUGCAUUCCUAGAAUUCAUGCUUCAAGCUGUACCAUUUCACAUAAUUGAAUUCGUAAGUCGCAUCUUCGGAAUUAAACAAAAGCACAACCUAUUAGCAUUGAACCAGAAAUUCCGCGACAUGACUGCUGCUCUACGAUUCUUUGUAAUGAACGAAUGGACUUUUAAGAAUGACAAUAUGCGGAUGUUACGAGAAAAGUUGCAUCCGUCCGAUGCAAAAUUAUUCCACUUAGAUCCUCGUACCGUAAAUUGGAAAGAACACUACAGCAACUUCGUCAUAGGCGUCAGGAGACACCUGUUGAAGCAUGAAGAGGAGGAUACUCAAACAAAAGAACAAUUUAGAAGGGCGGCCAUGUUUUAAAAUAGUCUUCAGAAUAUUCUUGCCAGUACUUAAAAUCCCUGUGUUAGUACAAAAUCAAUAUAAAGAAGAUCAUUCAUUCCGUCAUCAAAGUAUUACUUUUCUUCGCUACAAGGACCGCUGGUAUUAUUUGUAGCCUUACGAGAUAGGUAUCGAUUGA